AACCACCCCGGCGUCCCCGGUCGCGCAAGACGACGGUUCACAGCCAGCGACGGUGCGCGAAGGUCUUUGGAAAGGCUUGGCUCCCCACACACGAUCAGUGCCGACGCGCAACGCUUGCUAAACGGACCUGUCUGUAGUAGUGUAUCGAUCCUGCUGGCCACCUGACCACGUAGAAGUUGUUUCUGCCACCUGCUGCUGCUGCCAACGAUGCUGAAGCUCGCAUUCCUGGUGACGACGCUGGUAGUGUGCUGCCAUGCUGGCCGCCGUGACGUGACCCGUCACAAGCCCCAGCUCGUGGUGGUGGAAGAGUACGAGGAAAGGCAGACCAGCACACUGCCACCGCCGCCGAAACCGUACGCCUUCACGUACAGUGCCGGCCGCUCGCCAGGACACGUGGAUCGCACGCACAGCGAGGUGUCGGACGGUAGCGGAGUGGUGCGCGGCUCCUUCUCCUACGUCGAUCCGCGCAAUCAGGUCCGCACGGUCGAGUAUACGGCCGACUCGCACGGCUUCUACCCGGUGCUGAGCCAUCUGCCCGCGACGCCCCAGCAGACGGAAGCGGUCGCCCGGGCCCAGGAGAAACACUUCGCCCUGUACGCCAAGAUUGCGCAAGAGCAUGCCGAUGCGCACAGCGGACGGGCGGUGGAACCGAAACUGCCCAAGGACACGGUGGCGGUGGCGAAAGCGAAGGAUCGCCACUUUUCGCUGUACGAAAAGAUUGCCCAGGAGCAUGCGCGCAUCGGGGCGGAACAGGAAGCGGCCCGGCUAGCCUUUGAAGCUACAUCGGAGAAGUACGAGCAGGAGUGAGGCAGAGCGCGUUGGAGGAUUUUGAGAAUAAAAUGCAAAUGUGAUGAUUCAUCAAUAAAACGAUCAAGUUGUAAACAAUCGAU